GUUUCUUUUUGAUUUUUUCACAUAUCAAAGCAAAAGCUAUGUCGUCUCUGCUUCUAAGCCUCUCUUCCAAGGCCUCUCUCCGUAAACUUCCUCUGAGAUGCCACACUCUUCGGAUGUUUUCCUCCUCUACCACCAACCCUUACUUGUUGUAUCGUGUCAUAAACUAUGGAAGUUCUAUGGAUGAUAUUCAUGUAACAAGUAAUAUCCACUAUUUUGACCCGGUGAAGGAAGAUGAAGUUAUUGUCCGAGACAAGGUAUUACCAAUGGAGUUGCGUAAAGGGUGUCUGGUCGGAAUGUCCCAUGGUUGGGGAGUUUUCAAGGCCGUGUGUGAUUAUAAUGAAUAUAAAGCCAUAUAUGUUACUGACUACUACAAUCCAUGUGGCUCCAAAUCUGUCAAAAGCAUUCCUUUGCAUCCCCUUGGUAAACCUAUAGCUAUCCAACAACAAGCUAUCACUAACGCCGCAAUGACUUGUUCACCUGAUCAAAGCAAAGAUUUUGCAGUUGCUGUCAAGUGUUUAGGACCUAUGAUCAAUUUCAAUAGGCCUGGUGGCACACACAAGGACUCGGGUUCGGUCAUCUUUAAAACCCCUUUUCAAUAUUUUGAUCAAUCAAAGGUUAUGUAUUCAAAGAGAGAUGAAAAGUUCUACACUCCUAGUUUUGGAGGGCACUUCUUGGUUUUUUGGGAUUCUUUCUUCGGAGAGGAUAUGACCGGCUCUGAGUUGGUUGAGUUGCGGUUUUGCAACGUUCCUAAGUUGACCCAGUCCGAGUGGGAGCUCUUGGACUCAUGUUCCAAGACUGUAUACCUUGUGGAGUCUCCCUCAGGCCAACGUUUCCUAAUCAAGUAG